UCUCUCACAGUUUAACCGACCUUUACAGUCAUUACCUUUUACCUCCUCGGUCCUGGACACGUUAUCUAACGCGGCACAGAGGGAACCGAGUCAGGGUUCAGUCGCACCGGGUUAAUAAUUAUUUGCCCGAGGAGCGGCUUUAAAAAAGGGAACAGUGCAGGAAGUCGUCCGUCUUUCCCACCGCGGUGAAUUCAGAAAAACCAUGGAGCUACGCGUCUCCGUGUGCCUCCCACCGCUGCUGCUGCUGCUGCUCUGCGGGACGGGGGGGACGGACGCAGGGAAGGUCCUGGUGUGGUACACCGAGGGCAGCCACUGGAUCAACAUGAAGCCCGUCCUGGAGACGCUGACGGACCGGGGACACCGGGUGACCGUCCUGAUCCCGAGCACGUCCAUGUACAUGAACAGCAGCGAGCCGUCGCGCUUCAGCUACCUGCCCUUCGACACCGACGCCUCGCUGGAGGAGGUGGAGCGCUUCCUCGAGGACUUCCUCCGCUUCUCCAUGUACGAGAUGGACUACAUGAGCUACCUGCAGAUCUACGUCCGGUUCAUGGAGCUGAUUCAGGAGGACAUGAAGUUCUCCCUGAAGUAUCUGGACGGCGUGGUGAAAUCGGAGGCCGUCAUGAAGAAGCUGAGGGAGGAGGAGUACGACGUCCUCCUGGCCGACCCCAUCUACCCCGGCAGUGACCUGGUGGCGGAUCUUUUGGGCGUCCCCCUCGUCAUCUCCUUACGCUUUUCCAUGGCUCAUAACUGGGAGAGGAGGUGCGGGCAGCUGCCGGCGCCGCCGUCCUUCGUCCCCGCCGCCAUGAGCAAGCUCACGGACAGGAUGGACUUCUCCGAGAGGCUGUGGAACCUCCUGUUCUACGCGCUGCAGGACGCCGUGGUGGAUCACGUCGCGUGGAAAGUGGUGGAUCAGUACUACUCCGAGGUCAAAGGAACUCCCACCAGCGCCUGCGAGCUCCUGGGUAAAGCAGACAUCUGGUUGAUGCGAACCUACUGGGACUUUGACUUCCCUCGUCCUUACCUGCCCAACUUCAAAUUCGUGGGUGGGAUCCACUGCAGACCCGCGAAGCCUUUACCCGAGGACAUGGAAAAGUUUGUGCAGAGUUCUGGAGACGCCGGCGUCGUCGUGUUCACUUUAGGAAGCAUGAUCAACAACGUGACCGAGGAGAAGGCGAACAUGAUCGCAUCGGCCCUCGCUCAGAUUCCACAGAAGGUUCUGUGGAGAUACAGAGGAGAGAAACCUAAAACUCUAGGUGCCAACACCAGAAUAUAUGACUGGAUCCCACAGAACGAUCUCUUGGGUCACCCCAAGACCAGAGCGUUCAUCACGCACGGCGGCACCAACGGGAUCUACGAGGCCAUCUACCACGGCGUCCCCAUGGUCGGCAUCCCCAUGUGCGCCGACCAGCCCGACAACAUGAUCCACAUGAAGGCGAAAGGAGCCGCGCUCAUGGUGGAGCUCAACUUCAUCACGGCCGAGGACCUGAGAGACGCCAUCAACGCCGUCAUCAACGACAAGUCGUAUAAGGAGAACGCCAUGCGUCUGUCCAGGAUCCACCACGACAGGCCCCUCCCACCUCUGGACGAGGCCGUCUUCUGGAUCGAGUACGUCAUCAGGAACAAGGGGGCCAAGCACCUGAGGGUCCAGGCCCACGAGCUCACCUGGUACCAGUACCACAGCCUGGACGUCCUGGGCUUCCUCCUCGCCGUCGUCCUCCUCUUCACCUUCGCCUCGGUGAAAACCUGCGCCUUCUGCUUCCGGAGAUGCUGCGGUAGGAGAGGGAAGGCGAAGAGGAAGGCCGAGUGAGGCCGACGCCUCCUCCAUAUAUGGACUUUAUUAUGUUUUUUUUUUCUGAUAAUCACUUCAAUUAGUGGCAGGUGUGUUGAUUUAGCAUCAGCCACACCUGAGGCUAAUUAGACAUUCAGAGCUGAAUGUUCAUUGGAUGGUGAGCGCUUUAAAGACAAACACAAGAGAUUUCAUUCUGUGCCUUUAAUUGGAACUGACAAGCCCCGCCCCCUUUUUCCUCCUAUUAGCACUGAGACAAACAAAACAUCCCAAAGUAAUAAUAUAUAUAUUUAACAAAUAAUGUGCUGUAACCAACCCUGCUCAUCAUAAUCUCUUAUUAUCUUCCAAAAA